AUGGGGGACACACGGACACCCAUGGGGACAUCCAGUGGACACAAGAACAUCAUAGCAACACCAGUUCAUCCCAAUCACACCAGUCACCCCAAGCCCCCCAGCUCUCCCAGUCCCCCCAGUGCUCCCAGUCCCUCCACCUCACCCAGUCCCCUGAGUUCCCCCAGUUCUCUGA